GAGAGCGUGUUUGGAAAUUUCAAAUGCCUCGUGCUAUUUGUGGGAUUGACCCUCCUUUCUCCCUCCUCAUUCUCCUCCUCCUCCUCCUCCGGUGUGUUCUUCCUCUAUGGUCCUCUAGUCACCUGACCAAACCCCAUGCAAAUCAUUCCGCUGCUAGAGCCUCAUUGGCCGCUUGUGGCUCAUUUAACCGCUGUCAGUGCUCAUCAUAUGGCCGCCGCUUUAACCAACUUCUCAACUCCGACAGGAAAAGUGGCUCAAAUGCGCAUUCUAUCACAGUGGAUGUGAACCAGCCCAGGCGAAAACAGGGCGAACUGCUGGUUGGAGAACAUUUUAUAUGCCUUUUCGGAUUAAUUUUCAUCACGUGUUUAUUUCAAUUUGGGGUAGAAUAUUAAUUUUGUAGCCCAGUCAUCUCGAGCGCACCCGUACCUGUGUGCGCCUGACCUGUUGUGAAAGUGACUUUUUUUUUUUCUCUGUUGGUGGCGAAGUUUAAAAACCAGGUGAAUGUAUAGCAUGAUGAUGGAAACUGACCUUCAUUCCCCCGGCCCCCAAACGAACACGACGACGGGGCAAACGGGGCCGAAUAGCGGGUCGAAAGCGAAUCAGGAGCGAGUGAAGAGACCUAUGAACGCGUUCAUGGUGUGGUCCCGUGGGCAGCGGAGAAAGAUGGCGCAGGAGAACCCCAAAAUGCACAACUCUGAAAUUAGCAAGCGGCUGGGCGCCGAGUGGAAGCUGAUGUCCGAGGCUGAAAAGCGUCCAUUCAUCGACGAGGCUAAACGGUUGCGAGCCAUGCACAUGAAGGAGCAUCCGGAUUACAAGUACCGACCAAGACGGAAGACCAAGACAUUGCUGAAAAAGGACAAAUAUUCCCUUGCUGGUGGACUUCUUUCUGGGCCGAGCGGUGGCGGUGGAGUUGGUUUAGGGGUUGGCAUGGGUUCAUCCGGGGUCGGGCAGAGGUUGGAGAGCCCCGGAGGUCACGGAGGUUCCGCCAGCUCCGGCUACGCGCACAUGAACGGCUGGGCGAACGGUGCGUACUCGGGGCAGGUGGCUGCUGCCGCGGCGGCCGCAGCGAUGAUGCAGGAGGCUCAGCUAGCCUACAGCCAGCACCCGGGGAGCGGAGCGCACCACCACCACCACUCACACCACCAUCAUUCACACAACCCCCAGCCCAUGCACCGCUAUGACAUGACAGCCCUGCAGUACAGCCCCAUCUCGAACUCUCAGAGCUACAUGAACGCUUCCCCAUCCGGCUACGGCGGGAUCACCUACACGCAGCACCAGAGCUCCGGCGUCUCUUCCUCAGCUGCCAUGGGGACAUUAGGGUCGCUGGUGAAGUCGGAGCCGAGUAUUUCACCGUUGCUGGAAUAGCAUCUGCACUGGAACUUUUUUUUAAAGAGGACAAUGGCCAUCAAGUCUAUGACCAGCUGAACUGGAUCACUGUGGGGAGACUGUGAUUUACAGAUAGCUUCUCAUCCCUUUUACUGGCAGGCCAUCUUUACCUUGAGCACUGGGAGAUAGGUGGUGCCGGUGAAAAGACCUCUCAGAAAAUGUCAGCAACUGUCAGAGCCCCAAAUUUCUUCCGUUAACUCGUUCUUUCCUCUGUGAUGCUACCUUCUUGAAACCCCUUAAUUACAUAACCCCUUUCUCCUGUUACCCAAUGUUUUGUAUCCAAGUAAAGUGUAUGACUUCAGAUUGUGUAGCUUUUUUUUUUAGCUUAAAAUUGUGGGUAACAAAACAAUCCUAGCCCCAUAUUUUUGCUCAUCUGAGCAAAAACAAACACACACAUGCACACUCACACACACAAAAGGAAACUGCAGUGACUGCAGCAGCUCUCCUUCCCUCGUGUUUUUCACUGGAGCCAGUUUCACUGUCUUAAUACUCUUAGUCCCUCAGCUGGCAUGUUGUCCAAGAACCCGCUGCAUUUUCAGAUUUGUAAAAUCCGUCAAAAUGCCUGUAAUGAAUAUUUCUACAGCCUCAAGUGUAUUUAAUGUGCUGUUUGACCAGCCCAAAAGAAACCUUGUAAAGAUCUGCCACUAUAGGAACAGAGGAUCAGAUGAAACAGGUCAUUUUCAUUUGAACACAAUCCCUUAUAAUAAACAUGUAUUGUUUGGAUAUGCUGUUAAUUUCUUAUUAACAUCUUUCUUGUGCAUGAGUGUAUACGCCAUGUAAUAUACAUAUAUAUUUUUUGCUGUAACUACUGUUAUUAUUAUUAUCGGGUUUUUCUGUGUGUUUUGUUUUGUCUUUUGAUGGAUUAAAAGUCAUCUUAUGAGAUAGAC